AUCGCUGUCAUACAGAACAUCAGAUACUCAAUAAUUCAAGGCACCAACACUCACACGCUUAUCAAGUGAGUCACAUGCUUUCAUGACAAACAAAUGCAGAAAACGCUCCCCAACCCUGUCCAAUUUUCAGUCAGUUUUUCCUUCUUCCCCUCCCUCAACCCGUCCCGCAGAGAGAAACAUAACAACCAGCUACUGCUGUUUCUGUGUCUGGCUCUAAAGUCUUGGAUUUGUGUAAGGCUAUCGAGAGGAAUUGAAAACAGUGUGUGGUAUGUGAUAUACACCAAGGAAGUUUGGGGGUGACCAUGGUGUUUAGUUGAGACUGAUCCAGAAUCAGAUUUAUGGAAGGCAGCUGUUGAGGCUUUGACAGACAGGCAGGUCGGAGAACCAGCAUUGCUGAGGAACAGAAGCAGAUCUGAGCCACUGCUGCCUACGGACUAGUGUGUGUCACAUCACACUUCAACAGCAGAAUGGUACGUGAACAAUAUAUCACCACCACAGAGGAGUCUGGGCUACUGGCUCCGGUCAAUGAGUACAUCUACAUGAUCGGGAUCUAUGGCUGGCGAAAGCGCUGCCUCUAUCUGUUUAUUCUCAUUCUCCUCAUCAUCAUGGUAGUGAACCUUGCUCUUAUGAUCUGGAUCCUGCGAGUUAUGUGGUUCAAUUCGGAAGGCAUGGGAUACCUGCAGGUCAAAGAAGAUGGACUCAGACUGGAGGGAGAAUCAGAGUUUCUCUUUCCUCUCUAUGCCCAGGAAAUCGAUUCCAGAGAGGAUUCAACUCUUUUGGUGCUUUCUUCUGAGAAUGUCACUCUCAAUGCUCGCAACGAAAAUGGUGAUGUAACAGGAAGUGUGUCUGUAGGUCCAGGUCAGGCCAGCGUCUUCGGCCAACACUUUAACAUCACCUCAAAUCAUGAUGUCAAUUUAUUUUAUGCUGAUGGAAAUGGAGCUGUUGUGGGAAAGGGAAGACUCCGGGUAACAGGUGCAGAAGGGGCGCUGUUUGAGCAGUCUGUUAGGACUCCUCUGGUCAAAGCAGUACUUAAUAAAGAGUUAAGACUGGAGUCUCCAACACGCUCUCUAAGCAUGGAUGCACCCAGAGGUGUUCAUAUCAAAGCCUUGGCCGGUAAUGUUGAUGUGGCAGCACAUUUUGAUAUUGUGCUUAAUUCAUCUGCAGGGCUGCUGGUUCUAGAUGCUGAAACUGUCCGUCUGCCCACGUUACCUGUGGGUGAAGCCAGAACUUCGGGCGAGUCUCAGGGAAUGUAUAACAUGUUUGAGGUGUGCGUUUGCCCCAGUGGAAAGCUAUUUCUCUCUAGAGCGGGAGUCUCCUCUACGUGUAGUGAACAUCAGGACUGCUGAACGUGUGUCUGGCCAAAACAUCUAAAGAACCAACUCAGCCAUAGCUUAGGAGAUGUUGUCCGAUAUCUAGCUGGAAACAGUGUCUCUGGGCAAGGUAGAAAACUCCACAAUUCAACACAGUGUACGACCUGUUGUUUAUACGGUAUAUGGAACAAAGUGAUUUUAAAGUAGAGUUCUUUUAAUAGGCUGGGCAGUAAAGGGGCUGGUCACCAGCUUACAUCCUAUGCAAUAUAAUUUUAAGGUGCAAUAAAAGUGUUAAAUAUAUAGGCUAGUUGUUAAAGAAACACGAAAGUCAUUGUCAUUUGUUUGUUAAAGAUGAUAACUGCUAUGUGUUAGUGCCAAAACCAAAUAUGUAUUUGAGUAACAAUGUUCUGCAUAAUGAAUUGGAGAAACAUACAUGACGAUUUUGUAAACGACUGAAUUUAGAAAAAUUCUGUUAUGCGCAUUUGAAAUUAUAACAGUGCAUAAUGAUCUAUACAUUUGCCAUAUUAUCUUUUAACUUUAAUACCACGCAAUCGUUAAGGCAGCUUGAAAGAUGUUUUUUUAAAUGUAUGUACAUAUUUGAACAGGAGUACAUGUACAUGGUGUUUUGUGUACAUGGUGUUAAAAGCUCUUCAGUAAAUGAAGAAGUCAUAAUUUAAAUACCAAGCAUGCAUGAUAUAAAGUAUAUUUUGUUUUCCACAUUCUAACUAAAAUGCUUCAAUGUUUUAAGAGCCAACGAAAAUAAUCACUAGAUUUAACACAAUAUUUUGUGUAUUUAAUAAAUGGUUAAAAAAAGUAUUUCUGUAAAAUCUGGAGGACUGGCUAAUUCACAACAACCUUGUUUGUUUGCGGUGUUAGAUUUUUGUUAAAUUUGUCUUCAAGAUGUUGAUGUUUGUUGAAUCAGUCCAUUAUAUCAUUAUUUCACCUCUGUACCUAAACCAUUCAGCUUUCACUGUAAUACUGAAAUUCAUAUAUCUGGCACAAUAUAAACAUAUUUCAUUAGUAUUAAAAACAGGUACAAACCCAAAUUGUGAGUCCUAAACAAAGCUGUAAUGAGAUGUCACGAAAGCUUUUUGUUAGAAAAUGUAGUAUCCAGUGUUUAAUUAAAGUGUUUCUUACAGUUAAAUAAAGAAGACGGAUGAAAAACAUUAUUGACAUUGAGCACCAUGAGUAUGAGCUUCCUCUUACACACGUUUCAGAAAUUUCAUGCAAAAACUCUCAGUAGGAGAAGAUAAGAGGUUUCCAUUGUACAUAACAGAAAGUACACAUUUGAUGUGUUUCUACAGAACUAUGAAUGAUCUGUGUGUAUAGCCACAGCAGUAAAUAGGUAGGUUCCUAAAACAUUUAAAAUGGUACAAUUUAUUUUAAUGAUAUAAAAUUGUGGCGCUAUUUGUGCCCUACACAAUAAUCAACAAUUGAUUGUUUAGCAGAGGCAAAGAUGUGAAUUUUCAAAAUAAAAAUUCUGUCACAAUAUACAAGUGACAGAUAAACCAACUGGUAAACAGUUAUGAACUCACUGUAACAUUACAUCAUAGGAUGCAAUUCGUUUUUAAAAAUAGUAAUUUCAUUUCACUGCUUUAAUGUCUUGAUAAUGCAGUGAUACGUAAAAUUAUAUUGUCAGCAGUCUAGGGAAUUAUGUUGUUAUUGAUUUCAUUGCAUAACAUAACCUUAUGUUUAAUUUUUUAUUGAUCUACUGGCAAAUUACUCCAAAAAGGGCCUAUAGGGGGUGAUCGACCUGUCAUUACAACACUACAGCUUUCAUAUUUUGAAAUUUACAUAAAAGUGCAGUGCAAACUCGUGCUAUUAAAUCACAAUGUUGUCAUUGAGUAUGGCAGGAAAAAUACUUUAUCUAGAAAAGAUAAAAAAGCAGCAUUUGGUUUUCGUUAUGUACAAAGGAACAAUAAUAAUCAACAUAUUUAAAAUAAAAGGUAUUGCUAUGCUUUUGCACAUUAUGUACAGUUCACUUUUGCAUGGUACAAAUAAGUCAUAUAUUACAUACAGGUAUUUCAAAGAAAUACAGCAACUAUGGACGCAAUAAGCAUAAGUCACAUCUUGAGAGCGCUCUUCAAAAAAAAGCUAGAUAGAUACAUUUUAGAUUUUUCCCUAAAAAGUCAAUUAGAAUAUGCACUGGCUGAUUGCCUGUCUUUGCAUGGUCUAAUGGU